UUUAGAUGAUUAUGGUGGUAUUUGCUGAUAAACUCGGUGCACAGUAUUGUGUGGUGUAACAGUAUACCUCACUGUUAAUUGGAUUUAUUCAGACACAGGUUACAACAUAUCUCCAUUUAUGAUAUGCUAAAUUUCGAAAAUGCAGAUAUUGAAAUUCCAUUUAAAUAUCCUUGCUCUCUGUUUCAUUCAGGGUUUAUCAUGUCAAAGCAUAGUUCUAACUCCGACCAAAGCUUACGCCGAUAUAAACGAGCCAUUAACGUUAACCUGUACGUAUAUUGGUUACAUCAAUGUCGGAGGGACGAAGUGGAAUAUAAAUAAUCAGCAUACACCAUAUAUAGUAAGACAGCAAGGUAACAUUUGUAGUGGUAAUGGAAUCUUCGCUGAUGGCAACAUUUACAGAGUUGGUUGUCCAACUGAUACAUCUUUCACCGUAACUAUAUUACGUGUACAACAAGAACAUCUGAAUGUUCCAUGGGAAUGUUUGGACCGUGACAGAACAAGUAAUACGGUUAACAUAUUAUUAAAAGUUUCUGUUGCAAAAGUAGAACUUUCUGGACCAAGUUCUAGUUUUAUGAAAGAGCAUUCACGACAAACAAUCAAGUGUAAGACAUCACCUAGUCGACCACAACCAAGUGUAAGUUGGUAUCUCUAUGAAUCUGAUAACAGCGUUAAACAUAAGAUAACUGCAAAUUCGUCAAUACAGAUACACAAUAGUGAAGAUGAACUGGUAGCUGUGGAAAGCACCUUACAAUUUUACCCAAAUAGGUCGAUAAACAACUGGAUGCUGAAUUGUGAAGCGUUGACAGACGACGCAACCAGUGCAAUUUAUAGCAAAAGUCUGGCUUUAAAUGUUGCUUAUCCUCCGGAGAAACCUGUCAUUAUUGGAUUCACAGACGGUGAAAAGUAUUCACUAAUAGAAUCUGAGUUUGGCAACUUAUCUUGUUCGUCACAAGGCGGGAAUCCACUAGCUAAUUUGACAUGGAAUUGCUAUAACAGUAAACCAACAUCUAUUACCAUUGAAGACAAAACAGUUUUCAGCACUGUUACAUGGUCAGGUUUUCGUGGUCAGUCAUCCUGUCUUUGUAUUUCACAUCAUUCGUGGUCUGGAACUACGCAAAAUACAACAGUAAUGAUUGAUAUUUUUUGUAAGUUAUAUAUUUUAUAUUAUAUCAGAUAAAUCUCAAAGUGUAUGUUUUUGUUUUAUAUUAAGACGUUC